AUGGACCUCCAGAAGUUCGGUGGAUUGCCUGUGACUGGGAAACUUGAUCAGGCAACAUUGGAACUGAUCGGUACAAAGCGAUGUGGUGUGAAAGAUCCCGUAAAGAAGGUCGGAGCUAUUCAGAAUCAAGUUGGCGAAUUCUACUUACAAGGAACUUUCUGGAAGAAGACGGUACUGUUUUCACCCGUAAAAUUUAGGUAGUGGGUUUUACAAUCAACUCGCUGAAACCAGCUCGAGCGCACCUUCAUAGGUUCUAUAAUGAAAUAAUUAUUUAAAAUAUAAAGCGUAAGUCAUUGCCGUUGAUGUCAGAAUCAUACAUUCUGCGUUUCUGGAUGAGCAAUGAGCAGUGCGACAGUAGAGACCUUUAGAUUCGAAGACGAGAACGACUAGACGAGGACGAGAUUUCCUCAGUACGAGGUAGUGGUCGCACGUGAACCAGCGUAAUUUUGCGGGAAUCGUGAUAGCCGUCGUCAUUCUACUAGCGGUUUUAGCGAGAGUGUCGCAGUGGCGGAAACAAGUAUUAAACAGUUAUAUUAACACAUAAAUGUUUCAAUUUUGUGACCGGGAGAGGGCUUAACCUGCUCCAAUAAUUAUAAAGAUAACAGUGUUAACUUUGCGGGUGAAAAAAAGUACAAUGAAACAUUCCAGGGUGUCUAUUUUUUGACGAUACGCGAAAAAACUUGAAAUAAAAUCUCGUAAGCCUAGUCGUUCUUGUCCUCGAUUCCAAAGGUCUCUGAUACAAAUUUCGUCCUUGAAACUUACUUAUAGGUCAUUCCUCUAAAAUAUAGGGUGUCCCAAAAGUUCUUUCCUCUAGUUUCAUGCGUUAUAACUUUUUGAAUAUCUAUCUAUAUAUUUUUUUUUAUCCAAAAAAAGAUAAUCAUCCCGGUCUCUUUCCACCGUAAGGAUUUUGUACUUCUUUACAAAUUUGAGAAGCGCUGAUCGUUACUUGGCGAACUAAGCAGAGGUUUUUUUGCUCUCUCUGGGGCGUCUAACCUCCGCUUUCCAUGAACCUGCUCCAGAUUUGGUCUGCUUACUGUUGUAGCCUUCUUUAAAACUAUUUUAGCGGCUUUAUUCAGGAUUUUGGGUCUUCCCUUUCGUUUCUUGUCUUUAAAACCUUCAUUUCUCGAAGAGCAUUUUACCACCCAAGCAGUAUCUUUUACCAAACACUUGUAUACUGUAGGGUGAAAUGAAAGGUGGGGUGUAUUUUUUUAUUAUUCUGUUUAGAAGGUUUAUUAGCCCUUCUAAAUCAUUUGAUUAUUUUUCAAUGCCUAGUGGAGUCUGUGGUUCACUGUAUCAAGAUAACUAUUGUCGGUAAACUGGGGCGCCUUUGAUUCAUUCUGGUGCACGUACAAAACGCAAGUUAGGAGAGAGAGGAUGGGAGUGAGUCACGUGAUCCCUUAGAUUCCCAUUAUUACCUACCCCAGGCGCCAGUCUGGUUAUUAAUUCUAAUGCUAUAGUGCUAGUGUAAAACUCUUGUUGGCAUUUGAAGGUGCUUAAAACUCUCAUUUCUUCUUUUUUUAGUAUUUGACUUACCGAUUCGUAAGAGGCAAGAGCACAGGGGAUCUUUCAGUUGAUGUUCAACAAAAUAUAAUUCGAAGAAUGAUUCACAAAUGGGACGAGGCUAGUGCGCUUACGAUACGUGAGGCCGACCCCUCAAUACCAGACGAUAAAGUCGACAUUUUGAUUUCAUUUGUGGAAGGUUACCAUGGAGAUCCGUAUCCGUUUGAUGGCACAGGAGGGACUUUGGCCCACGCUUUCUAUCCACAUAACAACCAAGGUUGGUACAUAGGAGUCUUAAUGGAGAGGUAGCUUUUUCAGUUUUUUUUUUGGUUUCUAUUUUUUUUUUAACAAGCAUAUUUACCGAAACGAUUUAGUCUCACUCUUACGUAUGAUUUCUUUCCGUCACUGUUGCUCAAAAUUGAACACAUUUAAUGUCUUGAUAUUUUUCUGUCACAUAAAAGACUGAGUGUGUAAUUUCACUACAAGCGAUCCAAAGCCCCGCCUUUGUUUGCAAAGUUUUGUAGCCCGCACGCAAUCGGCCAACAGUUUUGUUCUUUAUCAAGCAUUCCUUGCAUCUCUGUCAGUUCAUGGCAGGCUUGAGCACAGAAUUUCCACCACAAAUUACCCAAUCCUUUUAUUACUUUUUAUGUGAUUUUUAGAGGUAAAACCGAAGGUUGUUUUUCAGACGUUUAAGGUAAAUCCUGAUUUGAUUUUAGACCAUUUUAGACAUUUUUGUAGCCAAGCCUAUUCCAACCACAUUACAUCCCUGUAUUUGACUUUAGGGAGAGAUAAGGUUGACAUUCGAAGCUGUUUGAAAAACAUAUAGUAUUUACACGCUUUAUAUCCUUUAAUCGUUCAGUUGACUGAGAACAGCGGUAAGAUUGAAAGUACAACUCUAUUAAACAAUUUCAGUGCUAUAAGUCUCCCCUCGCUUCUCGCCGCUUGGGACGUUUCUCCUGCAUGAAGAAACGUCGCUAGCAGCAAGGGGGGAGGAGAGACGGCUAUUUUCGCAAGCUACAGUAUUCGUGAUGAAUUGAGCGGGUUCGUAUGUCGCAGUAACAGUUAUAUAAAAAGAUUCCGCCGUCCCCAUUGGAAGAGGCCAGCUUAGGGAUGGAAGGGGCUUCUUAACCACUUGACUUCUGUCUUCUCCACCUAUCAAAGGGGCUAAUGUCACGAAGAUACUGCUAUCUUAAGUCAAUUCUGUGAUAAAGUCAUUACCUACCAUUAACCAAUACACAAACAAAAAAGCUCCUGUAGAGUUAUCCAGAAGAUAUCAAACAGAUUUUAUCAGGGGGCACCUAGAAUGAUCUGAUUCAUUCGCAGGCAUAGGGCAUUAAGACUUGAAAAAGUUGGCCAACUAUUCAGUCAAGUUUCAAUCAAUGUCCCUCUUUGCCAUCCGUUGCAAAAGACAACAAGAAACUUUUUCACUGUCCAAAUCAUGAUAAUUGUAGUCUUAAAUAAACAAAACUGGACCAUUGUUUUUGAAAUUCAAUUGGUGUGAAGACAGGUUUUAGUAUUUUGAAAUGAUAGCAAAUAGAAUGACAUAGUCCCUUUGAAUGGAUACGUCCUAUUCUCAAGCGACAAUACACGUAUUUCAGUUGAUUGCAUUGUUAAAGACGAACUGAUAUAACCGACGUUAAAAAUACACUUGCAGGUCUGUCAGGGGACGCCCACUUCGAUGAUGCAGAGCGUUUUACAACAGGAACGAAGGACGGUAUAAACUUGGACUGGGUGGCGCUUCACGAAAUCGGACACAGUCUGGGAUUAGAACAUUCCAACGUACGAGAAUCUGUCAUGUACCCAUGGUAUAAAGGAUACCAGGGCUCUAAUAUUGAGCUGACCAACGACGAUAUUUUGGGAAUACGGGCACUCUAUCCAGGUAAAUCAAAUAUUUGAUUGCAUCCUUUGAUUAAAAUAUCUAAUCAUUGCGUAGGGUUUAUAAAAGCAAGGAAGGUAUACUGGAUAAUAAUUUUACAGGGAAAUGGUAAAUAUAUGAAUUUCAUAUAUUGGAAGCUCGGAAUGAAGAAAUAUAUGAAAAGAAGAUCAUCGUAGCUAAAGACGCAACUCAUGCAGCUGCGAAUAGUAAUCCUCAAACACUGACUUCUGCGCUACCUGUGCAGCGCUUUAACCAAGCUAAGCUGGUUAUUAACUUGGUUUGUUAUUAAACAUAUUCGAAAACGAUGAAAAUGAAAUGAUCAGAUGAUGAAAUAGUGACUAACAGAUGUGAACUACAGUAUUGACCAUAGGCGCUUUAUCCUUGCAAAAAGUUUAAUGGUUAUCUGCUUCUUUGCAGUUAAGAGACCAGUGACGAAGAGACCAGAGACGACGAAACCCACGAAACCAACCCGUGCACCCCGGACAACACCAAGUACACAGCCACCCCCGACCGAUCCCCCCACCCCUACUGCAAUUCACCCCGCAUGUAAACCCGGAACUAAAUACGAUGCUGUCGUUAUGGAGAGAGACAGGCGCGGCAAGUUCCACACUCAUUUCUUUCACAGAGAGAUGUUUUGGACUCUUAAUGAAAGGUUGCAGAAAGGGGAGCCAAAGAGAGUUAGUGAUUACUGGCCCGAUGUUCGCACUCCCAUAGAUGCUGCGUAUCGCAAUAGAAAAGGAAACAUCGUCUUCUUUACAGGAAAUCAGUAAGUGACCAUGACGUUGCAGCUUUUUGUGCGUUUUUCAUGUCCUUGACUUACUCUUACUAAUAAUGUUAUAGAAAUGCUGUAGUCCAUCGUAAGAUUCCUGUAUUUUCAAGUUUGGCAGAGUUAUGUUCCGAUUUGUAGUUUGAUAAACGAACCGAAGUGAUUAUCCAAGUUCAAAACGGCCAAGUGUUGCUAAUUCGUUAAAACACGAACUACGAGUUAACUGAACGUCGGACUGCUGAAGUAGGUCUGGCCAAGAGAGAAUGAUCGGUCUGGCCUAUUGUACGCCAAUUCAAAUUUCUAAUUAUCAUUCUGUUACAUGAAGUCACACCCACAAAGUUAUUUUCAAGAUUUAUUACAGACUUAAUAUUUCUUAUUUUUGAGAUAGACGUAGCAAUUCCCAUUUCUUUUUAAUUCACGAGUCCUAAGCUAUCUAGAAUCGGUGGCAAAAUUGGCUGAGACGCUGACCUCAUUGACUUUUUUUUAACGUCUUUUAGACUUUAUCCAAAUUCAAACUUUCAUUCUCCCAUUUCCCCUGAACAAUAUUGAAACCUCUGUAAAAAAAAAUAACAACAACAAAAACAUUAAACAUAAAAACAGGAAAAAAAGUAACGUUACCUGCGGGUUGAGUGUAAAGACUGAAGAGAGGGACUAUGCAAACAAUUUUGCUAAUUUGAUGCGUUUUUUUUAGUAAGUACCCGAAAUAUAUAACCCCAUUCGACGAAACAAUUUUGUCGCUGAUUGAAACUCCAAUUUCAUCUGUUUUUUUUAAUUGUCUACAAAGGAACUGUAGAAACUAAAUUCUACUCUGAUGCCUUCUUCUAACACUUCCCAUUGAAAUUGCUUGCCAGGUAUUGGGAAUACGGUAAUGACAGGAGACUCAUCGGUUCCGGCAGUUUAGACAGGUAUGGCCUGUCCUCUGACCUUACCGACAUGGAUGCAGUCUUCACUUGGCAUCGAAACAAAAGGACGUACUUCUUCAAAGGUACAAAGUACUGGCGAUACAACGAGGCAAACCGACGUAUAGAUCCAUAUUACCCAAGGGAGAUUAGACAAGGUUGGCCGGGCCUAGUCAAAAAGGACAUAGAUACAGCCGUCACUUGGAAAAACCAGAGAAGCUACAUUUUUAGUGGAGAAAAAUAUUUUAGGUUACAGAACAAAGCGACAGGGAGAAUGGUAUAUAACGACCGCGGAUACCCCCAAAUAACAGCCGAUAAGUGGAUGAAAUGCAACGACGUUGGCGCCAUCGGGGCUUUACAAUCGAAUAAAGAUAUAUAAUGCUGCACAAAAGAAACUUAAGUUGGCGACCUUGCAUUUUCCAGGCGAAACGUCAUAAGGCACAAUAGCCCUCAUGCAUGUUUACGUCACACAAGCAAAUUUCACCACCAAGCCUCGUUUUGAAAUUAAAAAUAAGCGAAGUUUCACAGAAAUGAAUUCCCAAAGCAGUAGAGUUGAAAAGAAUACCCACGAACAAAAAGAGCAAAUGCAAAUAAUUUUGUUCGCAAACGAGGCUUGCUGGUGAAAUUUACUCGUCUGGCGUAAUCAUGCAUAGGGGCUAUUUAUACCUUGAAUACUUUUAGAAUUAUUGUCUGUUAUCUCCGUUUAAAUUGUUAAAUGAUAUAUGUUUUGACUGUUCAACUAAAAACGAAGAGUAUUAUGUGAAAAUACUUAGCCGAAAAGGUUUCAUUUGAAUGGUCAUAGUGAAAAGGUUUAUAACAAACGAAAAUGAAAACAAACGAAUGGCAAAGAAAAAAGAAAGAAAGAAAGAAAGAUGAUUUGAUUUACUUGAAUGUGUAUUUGAUAUUCCAUAUCUUUUUUUUAACCCUUUAAGCCAUAAUAUCCACAUUCAAAUUCUUCAUAUGGAUGUUUAUACAUUCCCUUAAAGAAUUAGAUGAGUGAAUUUGAAAAAAGAUCAAAGUAUUUUGCUUAGUUCAUCAUUAUAUUAACUCUCAUAACUUUUUCACAUGAUCAUUUACUGAUAUUUUGAGGAGAAAAUUGACCUUGGUCACUACGUGGACUUUAAUUUUUAAAGGAAGAUAAUUUUACGAUACAUGCAGUGCUAUUUAUUUUUAAGUAGUUUUUGUACAUUUCAUAAAGCGCGUCAUGCUUGAGAGAAAAAAUAAAGUUGAAACUUGAUUAUACCGUUGCCUUGGGACCUCUUUUUUAGCUUUCUAAUUAAUAAUAAAAUAUAUAAUUCUAGGAAGAUCCAAAGCAACAAAUUUAUACAAUCUGCUUUUUGUGCUUAGCUUCCGACUGGAGCUUACGUUUCUUUCCCAUUUCUGUCAAUCACUUACUAAUCUCGCACCUAGACGAAGCCGAAGGCGAAAUCUGGCUAAGUAAGAAAAUUCAAUUUUUUUGAGUGGCUAGAUUGACUUAAUGUGAGUGUUGUUAUCUGCGCGCUCUGUGGCGUGUGCCAUUUCAUUCUUUGCAAGGUCUUUAGUUCUGUUUAAGUAAAUAUUUCACUGAAGAAGUAGUUAUCCUGCUCAAUAUAACUUGUAAAACCAUUUUUAUCGUUCAUACUUAAGGUUCAUACUUAAGAUGUGGAUGUGCGUAUAACCACGUUUCGUGAGAGAAAACUUUUAUCUCCACGGCUCUAUCAAGUUCUUUGUUUUUAUAACACGUAGAAAACUUAGGAUUUAUCCGAGGAUGCGCUCUUUCAUGGCCUGUCACUUUCCUGACAGGCAAUCACGUGUACAAAAUCGGAUUUGACCAGAUCUCGCCUUCGGCUUCACCAAUAAGAGAUCUGAGUACGAGAUUGAUCAUUUACAUCAUAUAAUAUGUUAUCCUGUCGACCUGUCUGUUUCUGUCCGAAAAGACGGAUAGCCCGGCGUGGCCCAAGGGUCGUUGUGGGUUCUUUAAGUUUAAGCUAUUUCGUGAUCUUAUCUUACGUUUUUAAAUGUUUUGUAAUAGCUGUAACUGCUGUUUACUCCGGCCAUUUUACCGUUACACUCUUUUUUUCUCUAUAAGAAUGUUGUUUUUCCAGCCCUGGCUGAAUGAUCUUAUUUUUCUGCCGAUUUUAGGCUGAAAAUAUUCUUGUAUUAUUCUUAAAUUAUGCAUAUGACAUUUCCGUUUUAGAAUAUAUUGGGGUAUGAAUCAGUAUAGUUAGUGCAGGUUUUCUCGUUUUGUUGGCUAGUUUUGCUGUUUAGAGAAAGGAUUAGGUUAAAAACAUAUAUAUUGGUAUUGUAAAUACAGAUUUCAACAUACAAAAUUAUGUCUUUUUUAAAGUUUUAGCCUUGGGUUUAUUUUUAAGAUAUUCUUAACAUUUCGCCUUUUUUUGCCUUGAUAUUCUUAUAAAUGUUCACAGGUGACGUUAAAAUGUUGCUUAGGAACAAAACAAUAGCCCACGAGCCCCAGGCGGGUGUGUCAACAUUGCCGACAUUUUGUGUGAUUUAUGACUGAACGUAGUAAAGUGGGGAGGAGCGUUGCGUGACGCUAAAAACGGCUGUGUAGCAGACUACGACUGAACUGGCUAGACACGGAACAAUGGAAUCUAUUUGUUUCGGACAAUAUGGGUAGAAAAGAAAACGACAAACUUGCUUUGUGCUUGACUGUUCAAAUAUUUGUUCCGCUGACAUUUGUCAUAUUAAAUAUGGUUGAAAUCAACUAUUUAUAAAAGAAUAGAAAUCGUACUUGGCAGGCUCUAAAGUUCAGUCAAUGAACCUUCUGAAUUCCAAACACAGCACGAGGUUUAAAUUAAUAUUUUAAAUUUUCUAUACUUAAAAGAUGGAAAAACCACGGCAUUUAUUCGACAAAAUACAGUCGAGACAAAACCAAUUAAUGAGGAGAGAAAAUAUGCGUUCGAAUGAGUCGAUCGGCUCAAGUAACCCAAGGGACAAAAAAUUAAGCGUUAAACUAUCUGCAAGUACCCUGGGACGGUGCCUUAUUCCUGAUAUGGAAGGUUUUUUUGAGAACGGACCCCUGGAGCCAGUAAGUAAUUAUAAACUGCAGGGGGAGCAAAGUUCGAGAGUGAAAGUGAAAUUAAAACUUAAGCUGUAGCUUUAUUCUCUCGUGCUUUGGGGACACGCUAAUUAUUUCCUACUUGCAUUGAUUGGGGGAUUUUUGUUGCGACAAUGUCUUACGGAGAUUUCAGCAUUUCUAUCCAGGGGGGAGGGGGUACUCCCUUGUAUAAUUUUAUAAUUGUCUGUUAUAAAUGCAGCUGGCGCUUGGGAAAGAUAAAAUUCUCUCACCGUGGAAAUCAGUGCAUUUGGAUACCUCGGUGAAUCUGCGGUUUUAGGCGAUACCCAUAAUCACGUAAUGAAGACGCUCUCUAGCGCUGUCGUUGGAACAGUUGCGCUUGUUGUUCUACUGAACAACGUUAGCAGCGCACCGGUUUCAAGAAGGACUGCUGAAGCCAGCAAAAAGGUAAACUUUUGAUCCAUUUCAUUUCAUUUUUAGCCUUUUUCUCCUCUCACGCGCGUGCCGCUCGCGUGUCUACCUUUCACGAUAUCCCUUAAAUAGAGAGCUUGCUAUCAGGCUAUUUCAUAGCCUGACCACAAAUGUUUUUUCUUUGUUUUCUGACAAUAAGCAGAAUUAGACAGCACGUUUUCCCGUUUGCCUUGCGGUUUUUGUUUUCAUACGCGCAUUGGACGAUCAGAUCUCUAAAAGAGAAAAUAGAGUCUGUAAACAGACCAGCUAGUUCAUUUUGUACGUUAUAAACUUCCGACCGAUUUUGUCCCAAAGUGCUUUAUUCAAAUGGUGUAAAUUUAGUGUUCGCUAGACCCAGAAGUGAACCACAUCAGUUUAAAAUUUAUCAGUACCACAACAAUAACAUUGAGUCUGCAUUACGAGAAGUGGAACCAUAGGUAAGGAUUCUAACCAAAGUUGCAACUAAGAAAUGCUUGAAAAAUAUUUUCAACACAAGUCAUAGGAGAGACGCUACUUAGUGGCGUCUCUCCUAUGACUUGAUAAUUUAUAAAGUAAAAGGAUCUGAUGAGUUGAAACUUGCAUUGCGACAAAUUGUUAUUUUGUUUUAUGAAGUUGUUUAGCCGUGAUUUAUAUUGAAUUUGCUUUGAGAUAUUUUAGCUCCGCAAAAAGGCUGAACGUACCAUUUUAUUGUCCUUUGUUUAAGUUGCUUUGUUUUCGCUAAGUACAUGUAAUAAUCGUAGAAAAGACAACAGUGUUCCUUAACAAACAAAAUUGCUCGUUCUGUUUUAAAUUAUACACAUUUUACUUCAAUGCUAACUUUUAAAAGGAAAAUUAGUUUCUGAAUAAUCAUAGAGCUAAGUCACUGAACAACUGGACCUCAGGCUCCUGUUCAAAUACCAACCCGGUUUGUAGUUUCAGUUUUGACAUUUUGAGGAAUUCUGAACAAGGAAACUCGAAUUCUUUUACACAGCUUUCUUUGUAAAUUUGAGAAAUUCAUUUGCUUGACUGACAUUUAAUUUUGAGUCAUUUGGUUUAACAUAUGAACUUUAAAGCUGAAUUUAUCUGGAUUUGUUUUCGGUGUUCAGCUGAUUUUAUUCAGCUUUCGUUCGAUUUGUUUUGUGAUGUUGUAAUAAGCUGAUCGGCUAGUAUAAAUAGAGCACUGUUAUCCCUGUUUUUCAAUUUACGUUGCGGAUUUACAUGCCGGAACGAUUUACAUUUUGGAUGCACUAAUGGCUGUAUGAUCUACGUUCAUGAGCUGAAGAUUAAACUGUUUAAGUCCAAGUUUGAGCGCUGUCCUGUUUUCCAGUUGUUGCAGAUCCUAGUACCUUGCAAUAAUGACGAGUUCAUUUCCCGCUAGCCAAGCGAGUUGCAGAGUUAGUUCUGCCCCUUGUUGUUUACACGCCGAAGUCGCUCGAAUUCCCUUUACGCUUAUUUUUCCUCGAUAUGAGUUUGGAAGGGCAAAAUCUAUCGUCACACGACGACUAUUGCCGGUAGAACUCCCCUAAUAUUCGGAUAGCUGUGUGCUGCCCAGUAUCCUAAAUCCUGACUCUAUUUAGGGAUGAAAUAAACAAUGCAGGGGAGAUGCCCACUCUACAACUAAGUUAAAACCAGGGUUAAAAUGUAGAGGUGAAAGGUUUGUCCGGGUGGGCGUCUAAUAAAGUUUGGGGAAAGGGUGGAGGGAGAGGUGAUCUGCAAAAUUUUUAAAAUCCCCUAUAAACUGUACAAUACUAGACCCAUGUUUCAAUUACAUCGCGAAGUCUCAGGGAAGGGAGACUCAUAGAGUCUACCUCCCUCUUCUCCAUCUCCAAAGAAGGAAGAAAAGAACUUGAUAAACUCAGUUCUAAACUCUUGCGACAACAACGACAUCUAUCUAUUUCAUUAACAGUUUAUAUUUGUAUAUUUAACAGUUAAUGAAUGAGGCUGAGUAUCUUAUGAAGAAUUAUGGAGAUCGGCCUACGGCCUCGACGGAUAACACCCUCCGAGAUCUCCAUAAUUCUUCAUAUGAUAACGAAAGCCGAAUUCAAUAACUGUUUUAUUAUUCAUUCAAAAUAAUUCCUAGUUUAAAAACAUAGCUAAAACAUGCUUACCUCCAUCGAUCCAUCGAUGUUCAGUUCAUCUUCGAUAGUGUACAUUUAGGUUUGUCCAGCUCCGCAAAUAUUCUCCAAAUAGCAGAUGUCGCCCUUCGAGUUGUCUUCUUGCUGUUCUUGCCAUGUUUUUAGCUAUUUUUUCGCCUAGUUCUUACUCUUGAAACGAGUGAAAUGUCCGCCAUUUUUUCAAGUUCACAACCAAAACAACUCAAUCUCGUCCCCAGGUCUUCUCGGUUAACGGUGCCUUAACCUGCGAAAAUGCUGCAUUUUUGACGUCAUUUCCUCGUUAAAGUCAAAAUUCUUCCAAAUUUGGUCAUCACUAACUGGUUAUGGUGAAUUAAACGUGUGCUUUUAGCCAAUCAGAAUCGGGGAAAUAUUUUGAAUGAAUAAUAAUUGUUUAUAUUUCUUUGUUAUCUUUUCUUUACAGCUUCAGGCGGCGAAUUUCUUUUUAAAAUACGGUUACAUCGUUGAGAGGUCCGACGAAAGUCGGCCAACUCUGCACAUCAAAAAGGCAAUAAGGGACCUCCAGAAAUUCGGUGGAUUGCCUGUGACUGGGAAACUUGAUCAGGCAACAUUGAAACUGAUCGGUACUAAGCGAUGUGGUAUGAAAGAUCCCGUCAAGAAGGUCAAGAGGGUCGGAGCUAUUCAGAAUCAAGUUGGCGAAUUCUACUUACAAGGAACUUUCUGGAAGAAGACGGUACUGUUUUCACCCGUAAAAUUUAGGUAGUGGGUUUUACAAUCAACCCGCUGAAACCAGCUCGAGCGCACCUUCAUAGGUUCUACAAUGAAAUGAUUAUUUAAAAUAUAAAGCGUAAGUCAUUGCCGUUGAUAUCAGAAUCAUGCAUUCUGCGUUUCUGGAUGAGCAAUUAGCAGUGGCGACAGUAGAGACCUUUUAGAUUCGAAGACGAGAACGACUAGACGAGGACGAGAUUUCCUCAGUACGAAGUAGUGGUCGCACGUGAACCAGCGUAAUUUUGCGGGAAAUCGUGAUAGCCGUCAUUCUACUAGCGGUUUUAGCGAGAGCGUCGCAGUGGCGGAAACAAGUGUUAAACACAUAAAUGUUUUAAUUUUGUGACCGGGAGAGGGCUUAUAACCUGCUCCAAUAAUUAUAAAGAUAACAGUGUUAACUUUGCGGGUGAAAAAAAGUACAAUGAAACAUUCCAGGGUGUCUAUAUUUUUUGACGAUACGCGAAAAAACUUGAAAUAAAAUCUCGUAAGCCUAGUCGUUCUUGUCCUCGAUUCCAAAGGUCUCUGAUACAAAUUUCGUCCUUGAAACUUACUUAUAGGUCAUUCCUCUAAAAGAUAGGGUGUCCCAAAAGUUCUUUCCAAUGUCUAGUUUCAUGCGCUAUAACUUUUGACCAAAGCUUUAUUUUUACUAGAAAUUUCUAGAAGAUGUUUAUUGCUCUACUGAGUACAUGUAUUCAGACGUUAAGUAAUUGGCAUACCUCCUUUGUUGUUGUUUUUAUCACAUUCUGUAGCCGUUGCGGCAUCAGAGUGGGAUGCAAUGCGUAGAACCACAGAUGAUCCAUUAUGCGCUUAAUUUUUUAUCACCUGGUACGCAGGAGCCACUUCGACCUCCAAAAAAUAUUUUUUAGAUUAGGCCGCUGAAAAAAAAAUCUAUUAUAUAUUUUGGGCAUUUAUCCAAAAAAAGAUAAUCAUCCCGGCCGGUCUCUUUCCACAGUAAGGAUUUUGUACUUCUUUACAAAUUUGAGAAGAGCUGAUCGUUACUUGGCGGACUAAGCAGAGGUUUUUUCGCUCUCUCAGGGGCGUCUAACCUUCGCUUUCCAUGAACCUGCUCCAGCCUUGGUCUGCUUACUGUUGUAGCCUUCUUUAAAACUAUUUUAGCUUCUUUAUUCAGGACUUUGGGUCUUCUCCUUCGUGUCAUGUCUUUAAAACCUUCAUUUCUCGAAGACCAUUUUACCACCCAACAUUCGGAUUUUUCCAGUUUUUUAGUAGUUUCUUUUACCAUACAUUUGUCUACUGUAGGGUGAAAUGAAAGGUGGGGUGUAUUUUUUUAUUAUUCUGUUUAGAAGGUUAAUUAGCCCUUCUAAAUCAUUUGAUUAUUUUUCAAUGCCUAGGGGAGUCUGUGGUUCACUGAAUCAAGAUAACUAUUGUCGGUGAAGUGGGGCGCCUUUGAUUCAUCCUGGUGCACGUACAAAACUCAACGUAGAGGAGAGGGGAUGGGAGUGAGUCACGUGAUCCCUUAGAUUCCUACUAGUACCUACCCCAGGCGCCAGUCUGGUUAUUAAUUCUAAUGCUAUAAUGCUAGUGUAAAACUUGUGUUGGCAUUUGAAAGUGCUUAAAACUCUCAUUUCUUCUUUGUUUAGUAUUUGACUUACCGAUUCGUAAGAGGCAAGAGCACAGGGGAUCUUACAGUUGAUGUUCAACAAAAUAUAAUUCGAAGAAUGAUCCACAAAUGGGACGAGGCUAGUGCGCUUACGAUACGUGAGGCCGACCCCUCAAUACCAGACGAUAAAGUCGACAUUUUGAUUUCAUUUGUGGAAGGUUACCAUGGAGAUCCGUAUCCGUUUGAUGGCACAGGAGGGACUUUGGCCCACGCUUUCUAUCCACAUAACAACCAAGGUUGGUACAUAGGAGUCUUAAUGGAGAGGUAGCUUUUUCAGUUUUUUUUUAUGGUUUCUAUUUUUUUCUAACAAGCAUAUUUACGUAACGAUUUAGUCUCACUCUUACGUAUGAUUUCUUUCCGUCACCGUUCCUUAAAACUGAACACAUUUAAUGUCUUGAUAUUUUUCUGUCACAUAAAAGACUGAGUGUGUAAUUUCACCACAAGCGAUCCGAACCCCUCCUUUGUUUGCAAAGUUUUGUAGCCCCCACGCAAUCGGUCAACAGUUUUGUCCUUAAUCAAGCAUUCCUUGCAUCUCUGUCAGUUGAUGGCGGGCUCGAGCACAGAAUUUCCACCACAAAUUACCCAGUCCUUUUAUUACUUUUUAUGUGAUUUUAUGAGGUAAAAACGAAGGUUGUUUUUCAGACGUUUAAGGUAAAUCCUGAUUUGAUUUUAGGCCAUUUUAGAAAUUUUUGUAGCUAAGCCUAUUCCAACCACAUUACAUCCCUGUAUUCGACUUUAGGGAGAGACCACGUCGACAUUCGAAGCUGUUUGCUUUACGAAAAACAUAGUAUUUACAAGCUUUAUAUCCCUUAAUCGUUCAGUUGACUGAGAACAGCGGUAAGAUUGAAAGUACAACUCUAUUAAACAAUUUCAGUGCUAUAAGUCUCCCCUCGCUUCUCGCCGCUUGGGACGUUUCUCCUGAAGAAACGUCGCUAGCAGCGAGGGGGAGGAGAGACGGCUAUUUUCGCAAGCUACAGUAUUCAUGAAGAAUUGAGCGGGUUCGUACGUCGCAGUAACAGUUAUAUAAAAAGAUUCCGCCGUCCCCAUUGGAAGAGGCUAGCUUAGGGAUGGAAGAGGCUUCUUAACCACUUGACUUCUGUCUUCUCCACCUAUUAAAGGGGCUAAUGUCACGAAGAUACUGCUAUCUUAAGUCAAUUCUGUGAUAAAGUCAUUACCCACCAUUAACCAAUACACAAAUGAAAAAGCUUCUGUACAGUUAUCAAGAAGAUUUCGAACAGCUUUUAUCAGGGGGCACCUAGAAUGAUCUGAUUCAUUUGCAGGCAUAGGGCAUUAAGACUUGAAAAAGUUGGCCAACUAGUAUUCAGUCAAGUUUCAAUCAAUGUCCUUCUUUGCCAUCCGUUGCAAAAGACAACAAGAAACAUUUUCAGUGUCCAAAUCAUGAUAAUUGUAGUCUUAAAUAAACAAAACUGGACCAUUGUUUUUGAAAUUCAAUCGGUGUGAAGACAAAUUUUAGCAUUUUGAAAUGAUAGAAAAUAGAAUGACAUAGUCCCUUUGAAUGGAUACGUCCUAUUCUCAAGCGACAAUACACGUAUUUCAGUUGAUUGCAUUGUUAAAGACGAACUGAUAUAACCGACGUUAAAAAUACACUUGCAGGUCUGUCAGGGGACGCCCACUUCGAUGAUGCAGAGCGUUUUACAACAGGAACGAAGGACGGUAUAAACUUGGACUGGGUGGCGCUUCACGAGUUCGGACACAGUCUGGGAUUAGAACAUUCCAACGUACGAGAAUCUGUCAUGUACCCAUGGUAUAAAGGAUACCAGGGCUCUAAUAUUGAGCUGACCAACGACGAUAUUUUGGGAAUACGGGCACUCUAUCCAGGUAAAUCAAAUAUUUGAUUGCAUCCUUUGAUUAAAAUAUCUAAUCAUUGCACAGGGUUUAUAAAAGCAAGGAAGGUAUACGGGAUAAUAAUUUUACAGGGAAAUGGUAAAUAUAUGAAUUUCAUAUAUUGGAAGCGCGGAAAUGAAAAGAAGAUCAUCGUAGCUAAAGACGCAACUCAUGCAGCUGCGAAUAGAAAUUCUCAAACACUGACUUCUGCGCUACCUGUGCAGCGCUCUAACCAAGCUAAGCUGGUUAUUAACUUGGUUUGUAAUUAAACAUAUUCGGAAAAGAUGAAAAUGAAAUGAUCAGAUGAUGAAAUAGUGAAUAACAGAUGUGAACUACAGUAUUGAACAUAGGCGCUUUAUCCUUGCAAAAAGUUUAAUGGUUAUCUGCUUCUUUGCAGUUAAGAGACCCGUGACGAAGAGACCAGAGACGACGAAGCCCACGAAACCAACCCGUGCACCCAAGACAACACCAAGUACACAGCCACCCCCGACCGAUCCCCCCACCCCUACUGCAAUUCACCCCGCAUGUAAACCCGGAACUAAAUACGAUGCUGUCGUUAUGGAGAGAGACAGGCGCGGCAAGUUCCACACUCAUUUCUUUCACAGAGAGAUGUUUUGGACUCUUAAUGAAAGGUUGCAGAAAGGGGAGCCAAAGAGAGUUAGUGAUUACUGGCCCGACGUUCGCACUCCCAUAGAUGCUGCGUAUCGCAAUAGAAAUGGAAAUAUCAUCUUCUUUACAGGAAAUCAGUAAGUGACCAUGACGUUGCUGCUUUUUGUGCGUUUUUCAUGUCCUUGACUUACUCUUACUAGUAAUGUUAUAGAAAUGCUCUAGUCAUCGUAAGAUUCCUGUAUUUUCAAGUUUGGCAGAGUUAUGUUCCGAUUUGUAGUUUGAUAAACGAACCGAAGUGAUUAUCCAAGUUCAAAACGGCCAAGUGUUGCUAAUUUGUUAAAACACGAACUACGAGUUAACUGAACGUCGGACUACUGAAGUAGAACAUGGCCAAGGAAGAAUGAUCGGUCUGGCCUAUUGUACACCAAUUCAAAUUUCAAACUAUCAUUCUGUUACAUGAAGUCACACUCACAAAGUUAUUUUCAAGAAUUAUUACAGAUUUAAUAUUUCUUAUUUUUUGAGAUAGACGCAGCAAUUCUUAUUUCUCUUUACUUCACGAGUCCUGAGCUAUCUACCAUCGGUGGCAAAAUUGGCUGAGACACUGACCUCAUUGACCUUUUUUUUAACGUCUUUCCGACUUUAUCCAAAUUCAAACUUUCAUUCUCCCAUUUCCCCUGAACAAUAUUGAUCAUCUGUAAAAAAAAAAAAAACAACCACAACAACGACAAAAACAUUAAACAUAAAAACAGGAAAAAAAGUAACGUUAGCUGCGGGUUGAGUGUAAAGACUGAAGAGAGGGGACUUUAGUAAGUUUACUUUAGUAAGUACCCGAAAUAUAUAACCCGAUUCGACGAAACAAUUUUGUCGCUGAUUGAAGCUACAAUUUCAUAUGUUUUUUUAAAUUGUCUACAAAGGAACUAUAGAAACUAAAUUCUACUCUGAUGCCUUCUUCUAACACUUCCCAUUGUAAUUGCUUGCCAGGUAUUGGGAAUACGGUAAUGACAGGAGACUCAUCGGUUCCGGCAGUUUAGACAGGUAUGGCCUGUCCUCUGACCUUACCGACAUGGAUGCAGUCUUCACUUGGCAUCGAAACAAAAAGACGUACUUCUUCAAAGGUAAAAAGUACUGGCGAUACAACGAGGCAAACCGACGUAUAGAUCCAUAUUACCCAAGGGAGAUUAGACAAGGUUGGCCGGGCCUAGUAAAAAAGGACAUAGAUGCAGCGGUUACUUGGAAAAACCAGAGAAGCUACAUUUUUAGUGGAGAAAAAUAUUUUAGGUUACAGAACAAAGCGACAGGGAGAAUGGUAUAUAACGACCGCGGAUACUCUCAAAUAACAGCCGAUAAGUGGAUGAAAUGCAACGACGUUGGCGCCAUCGGGGCUUUACAAUCGAAUAAAGAUAUAUAA